UGCGGAGGCCCGGGGGAGCCAGGAGGAGGCCGGGGCGGAGCAGGAGAGCGAGGAGGCCACGGACAUGUUCAGCUCGCAGUUCGAGAGCAUCCUGGAGUCGGAGCGUCUGCGCAGCACGCUGUACAGCAGCCUGGACUCUCUGGACGCCCUCUCCUCGGCCGACGAGUCGGACGCCUGCUUCAGCUUCGACAUGCCCCUCACCCCCAUGAUCCAGCAGCGGCUCAAAGAGAGCUGCCACUUCCUGGAGGGCGGGGCCGAGGCGUGCAGGCAGGAAGUGCUGAGCGUGACGGCCACGGGGAAGAGCGGGAAGGCGGCCCUGGAGGUGACCUCGGCGUUCCUGGACGUGCCGGACGGGAGCACCGGCCCGAGCGGGGCCGCCGACCGGCCGGAACACCCCGCCGGGCUGGCCAAUGGACUGCUGGAGAACAUGCAGAUGGACCCUCGCGAUUGGCUGCAGGGCUGCUUGAGCGAUGCGGGGCUGAAGGACGUGCUGUCGGACUGGGACUCGGACAUGGGCAGCACGGAGAGGCUGAAGGAGAGCAGCGAUGCCGUCCACAACGGCAGCAAGAGCGACCAGGAGGCCGCCCGCCGCCUGGCCCGCCGCCUCUACCACCUGGAGGGCUUCCGCCGCUCCGACGUGGCCAAGCACCUGGGCAAGAACAACGAGUUCAGCAAGAUGGUUGCCGAAGAGUACCUCACCUUUUUUGAAUUUACAGGGAUGACAUUGGACCAAUCUCUCAGAUGCUUCUUAAAAGCUUUUGCACUAAUGGGCGAAACCCAGGAAAGAGAGCGGGUUCUGAUCCACUUCUCCAAUAGAUACUAUCAGUGUAACCCCGCCACCAUCACCUCACAAGAUGGAGUUCAUUGCCUUACCUGUGCUCUGAUGCUGUUGAACACAGACCUGCAUGGCCAUAAUAUUGGAAAGAAGAUGACGUGCCAGGAAUUCAUCAAUAACCUGGACGGUCUAAACGAAGGACAAGAUUUCCCCCGGGAUCUUCUUAAGGCCUUGUACAAUUCCAUUAGAAAUGAGAAGCUGGAGUGGGCAGUCGAUGGCGAGGAGCUGCAGAAGUCCCUGUCUGAGCUGGCGGAUAACAAGACCGAUAAUGCGCACACCAAGGUCAUCAGCAGAAUCGGCAGCGGCAGCAACCCCUUCCUGGACAUCUCCCACGACCCCAACGCCGCCGUGUACAAGGGCGGCUUCCUCGCCCGCAAAAUACACGCCGACAUGGACGGCAAGAAGACACCAAGAGGAAAGAGAGGAUGGAAAACCUUUUAUGCUGUUCUCAAAGGGAUGAUUCUCUACCUGCAGAAGGACGAGUAUAAGCCGGAGAAGGCCCUGUCGGAGGAGGACCUGAAGAACGCCAUCAGCGUGCACCACGCCCUGGCCAUCCGGGCCGUGGACUACGAGAAGAAGCCCAACGUGCUGAAGCUGAAGACGGCCGACUGGAGGGUGUUCCUCUUCCAGGCCCAGAGCCCGGAGGAAAUGGACUCGUGGAUCAGAAAGAUUAACUCUGUGGCGGCCAUGUUCUCCGCACCUUCCUUCCCGGCCGCCAUUGGCUCCCAGAAGAAGUUCAGCCGCCCCCUUCUGCCUGCGACCACAACGAGAAUGUCACAGGAGGAGCAGCUCAAGUCUCACGAGGCCAAGCUGAAGCACAUCUCCACAGAGCUGGCCGAGCACCGGUCCUACCCGCCCGACAAGAAGGUGAAGGCCAAGGAGAUCGACGAGUACAGACUGAAAGAGCACUACCUGGAGUUUGAGGAAAACCGCUACGAGAUGUACGUGAAGCUCCUGAAGGAAGGGGCUAAGGAGCUGCUGUCCGGGAAAGACGGCGACGGGCUGAAGAAAUCACAGUCCAGCCCCUCGCUCAACCAGGAGUCCCAGCCGGCCGCGGCCAAAGUCAAACGCAACACCUCGGAGAGGAAGGACUACAGGCCCGAAACCCCCAAGGUCACAUAGGAAGCUUCCGCUUCGCCCCGAGAGAAAGGGCCAUCCAGACGCAGCGUGUGAAUAUGUUUCAUGUAAUUAAUUUAUCUGCCCACUGUUGCAACAGAAACAGUUGUGUAAACUGUAAAUGAUAAUGAAACGUGUCCUUCCUAGACUGACUGGUGCUUGUGUAAGCAUUUUUUAUUUUUUUAUUUUUUUUGUUUUUCCGUUUGUGUAAGGCACACCAUCCUGCGUAUUUGUGGUCCUUUUAUUUGGAUGUUGUUGACGUUGCUGUUGCUGUCGUUAUUGUAUAAAGCGUAAGAUUUUGUUGUGAGGCGUUUUGACUCCUUGUCACUUUGCUCAAUCUCUCUAUACUGUAAGAUCCGUUUCACAACAAAGAUUUCUUUGCCUUUCGGUCAAGAGGGGUGAAAAAUUAUAUUUUCUUCUCUCCUGUUCAGUGGAAGAUCCCUGACCAAUCUCUGUACAUGUAAAUAUUGAAUAGAGAUAUAGAAAUAGUCUCAUUUGGAAUUUAACCUGUUAUUUUAAUAUGUAGUUUUAAGUGUACGUUGGUGACAUUUAAAUAGUCACAUAUUUUGAUGGUAAUAUUUAUGUGGACAAAUGUGGCUUUCAGCGAGAACAGGCAGGUGCUUUUGAAGCCUUCAGUUUUUUCCCUGCUUCUCUUCAUAAAACACUCAUCUAAAAGUUUGUCUCUCUUUGGAAAGUUUUUUUCCUCGCAAUCCUGAUGCAUCUAGGUGUAAAUAACGGAUGUGACGCAUCUUUUAGUUGAAGGUUUUAAUGCUUUUAAAGAUGUUAGAACUUCCUUGCUUUGCUCCUGAACCAACAGACAAUUAGGACACCCAAAUUAUAAGCUUGACAUAACCAUUUAUUAAACUGUACAAGCAUGUUACAUUAGAUGAGCUCCGUAUUGAAACUAAGUAUAAGUUUCUAUAUCAGUAAGGGAUACUUUGGAGUAUCUGUUCAGUGUAUUCCAGUGAGAUUCAGACUGCAGUACGACAUUGAUGUGAGAAUCUAGGAAACAGUCUCUGUAGCUCAGCCAUUCAUUUUGUCCUCAUUAAGGCGAAGGAUAUAUUUAAGCUUUUUGAGUAGUGUACAUGCCAAUGCUCCUUUUUUUGUGUCUUUUAUAAUCUUCAUGUAUUUGAAUUUUGAAUUCUAAUUUGAUAACUGUAUUGUUGUAAAGAUCGAAUUAGUAUUUAUAGUGCACUUUAUAAAUGAGUUCUUUUGAAUAUUUCAGAGAGCUUUAUAAGGGGUAGACUUAUGAGUUUCUUUACUGACUUCACAGGUUUUGAAGGCUGAACUAAGCGUACGUUAGUUUUAUUGAAGGUACCGAGCUGAAUGUACGUUCUCAGCUCAGCUCGUAAUGUUGUCCUAGUUUGUUUUCAGUGGUUCGAUAGUUUUUUGCUGUUAUAGUUUGAUCGUUUAAUGACAAGGUUUCCUUUGAGGAAACCAUUUACAGUGCUGUAACAUUUAAAGUUGCAAUUAUUGCCUUUCCUAAUGCUGUUAUUGAAUCUGUAAUGUCGCUUACAGACGUUCAUCGCGGAUAGCAUCGACAUUGGAAAAAGAAAACACUUUAUUGGACAAUAAAUUCCCACUCUGCACUUCCUUAAAAAUCAUUUUCUUUGACUUUUUUUAAUGUAUUUCCAAAAUACUGUAAGAAAUGUAUAAAUACAGUAAAUACAGAUUACAUAUCAGCCUAUUAUACACAUCAUUACUACAGCUGGAUACAAUGUUGCCCCAUUGUUCUUUUCUUCACCUGCCAGUGGUUGGUUUGUGAUGCUUUUUAAGUACACAAGAUUUGCACUGCAAAUGUUAUUAUUUUUUUAACGAUCAUGAAGAAUGUUGUAUUGUGGUAAAAUGUCUGUUGACGUGAACAAGCAAACGGAAAAGCGAUUGUCCAUAUCAAAAUUUGUCAUUUUACUUAACUGGAAGUAGAAUGUGAAUAAUAUUGUUUUAUGUUUAACAUGGUAUUUUAAUGAUGGAAAAUAGUUCAAAUUACUUUAAGGAUUAAGUAAUGUCGAGGAAUUAACCAUUAAUUAACCAUUUAAAUCAACAGUGUUGCUGUUCUGCCACAAUGUAAUGUUUCUGAACUAGAUAUUAAGAUACAGUAAGAAUACAAAUUAGACUAGCUCCCUCCAUAGCUUUCCCUUAAAAAAAAUCAGUGCCUCGACAUCCCACCAGAUCGAAACCAGUGCAUCGGAAGCUAAAUGGCGUGAUCUGUGUCUCAUCAUCAUUGGGAUUUUCUUGGCGAGCGCAUUUGGCGAACUGCCCUCCCUCCAGUAUUGCUUGCUUCAUUGUUGCAGGCCUCAUAGCAAGUCCGUCGGGCUGUUCUUCCUCUUAUAUUAUUUGUAUGGGCUAUUCUAGGGAAGUCAUAUUUGCAGUAGGAUACUAGUGGUAAAUCGUCCCCUAAUUUGACAGCUGAAAUCAUUGCCCAAACACCCAGUCCUGUGGUAGUGCAUGGAAGGGCCGUGUGAAUGAGAGAUGUGGGUGGACACUUCAGUGGCCUGUCCGACGCUUUCUUUACCUUCUGAUGCAUCUGGAGCACUGAACUGACAUCUUUAGUUCAUUUGUCCUACUGGAACCUCUUAAGAGCUUUGACAGACAUAUCCCCCAGCAUUAUUUCAGAAUGACAUGAGUUACUGCGUUUCCCUCAAUCAAAAUAAUCACUCUCGCUCUGUAAUGCACAAUGCAGUAACUCCCGAUAUGAAAUGACUGAUUUCAUGAACUGAGCCAAUUUGUCGAACAAAAUUUUGUAAUUGUGUUGCAUUGGUACAUUAUAAAGGGUACACCAUGGUACAGUGCAAUGGUUACCCCAUAGUUUGUUGUUGCUUUAGUGCAUUUUAAUAAGCAGUUUAUCUUUCAGUGGGGGGGGUGGUCAAGGAUAGAUGGCAUUUCUCUGGAUAAAUUGUGUAUGAAGUUUUCUGCUGCACAUUUAUCUUGUCAUAUAGAUGCAGCCUAGGUUGUCAGUGAAAUAAAAGGGAUGAUUGCUCAUUUGGGGUAAAAUCAACACAGCGUAAUUUAUACUCUUAUCACCCUUGGCCUUGAUCACUUUGAGGUUUUAAUGCAAGGUUGUCUGACAGUCGAGGAGGUAGAUUUAAAGCAACCUCCCACCCCCAAUGUAAGGAAUGUUCUGAGAAGCCUUCCCCUUCUUCUCUGUGCAGGUUAGUGUGUGCGAUAUCACACCUGCAGGGACAUCACACAUCCUCCCCGCCAUAAUGAGCAGGAGACUCCUGAACACCAUCAACAUUUGUUGCCAAAUAAAAUCAAUUCCUUUCAGGGCGGUGGAGAAACGGGAAGUGAUCAGUACAUGCCUGUGCUUUUGAGUGUUCUACAGUAGACAGUAAUGUACCUUAGCCUCCAGUUAGGCUCUGUCUUAACACACGUAUGCAUCAAAAAUAUCUCUCCAAGCUGUGACCUUGUACAAUCCUCUAACUGUGUAAAUGUUGUUCAAUUUAACUGUUGCCCUGUGUUAUUGAAAGACCCAGGAUUGCAUUGUUGGUUGUCAAGUGAUUUCAGAGGCUCUGAGCGUGUCUUACGCUCUCCCGCCCAAGUUAGUAACACAACGUGGAUGGUAUACAAUCUGUAGGUGGAUUCAGCAAAUAAAAUACUGUAUUUAAUUCAA